GUUUUGGGGGGCAAAAAAGUAACGAGACCUGUGUCUAUAGAAGAAGGCCUUUGGCUUGGAGAGUGGGCAAUCGAAGCUCAACUCUUCUCGGCUCUGUGCUCUCCAAAUUCUGAUUUCUCCCUCGUCAGUGUGAUACAAAAUGUCUCGGAGGUAUGAUAGCCGUACAACAAUCUUUUCCCCUGAAGGGCGUCUCUACCAAGUCGAGUAUGCAAUGGAGGCCAUUGGAAAUGCAGGGACUGCAAUUGGGAUCCUGUCAAAGGAUGGUGUUGUUUUGGUAGGUGAAAAGAAGGUCACUUCCAAACUCCUUCAAACCUCGACAUCAACAGAGAAGAUGUACAAGAUUGAUGAUCAUGUAGCAUGUGCUGUUGCUGGGAUCAUGUCUGAUGCCAACAUCCUUAUCAACACGGCCAGGGUCCAAGCCCAGCGCUACACCUACGCUUACCAAGAGCCAAUGCCAGUCGAACAGCUGGUUCAGUCUCUAUGUGACACCAAGCAAGGCUACACACAGUUUGGUGGGCUUCGACCCUUUGGUGUUUCGUUUCUGUUUGCAGGCUGGGAUAAGAAUUUCGGGUUCCAGCUCUACAUGAGUGACCCUAGUGGAAACUAUGGUGGAUGGAAGGCUGCAGCAAUUGGGGCAAACAAUCAAGCAGCACAAUCAAUGCUUAAACAGGACUACAAAGACGACAUCUCAAGAGAAGACGCAGUUCAGCUGGCACUGAAGGUACUGAGCAAGACAAUGGACAGCACGAGCCUUACUUCGGACAAGCUGGAACUGGCUGAGGUAUUCCUCUCUGCCUCUGGGAAAGUUAAGUACCAGGUAUGCUCAGCCGACGCCCUGAGCAAGCUGCUGGUGAAGUUUGGAGUGACCCAACCGGCUGCUGAGACCUCUUGAGGAGUACUAGAUACUGUAUUUUGGCUUAAUGCAAGUUUGAGGUUUACUUGGAUCAUUAUCUAUCAUCAGCAGGAUUUUGAAUUGUAUGCUCCAUUUGGUAUAACUUUGUGAAACACAUGAUGGAUUAUUGUGCUGAAAGCAACUCUUCCUUGUUCA